GAGAGCUCUUGCAGCUGUAAAAUUAACAAGCGUUCCAGAGCGCCUCGUCGCGUAGGCGCUGCCAAUUUUAGGUGGCAGUUUCGUAUUGCUGUACUGCAACUCCUGGCCUGUGCAGCUUUUGGCAGUGGGCCGCCGCAUCCGUAGCGAGUACUAGCGCGAGGAGCACUCCCGACAACAGGCCAAGCGCGGGAGCGCGGGAGAAGGCUGCGCGGCGGCGCGCGGCCUAAGAUAAAAAACCCAUGACGGGCCGCGCGGCGCCGACGCCAGACGCGAGCCCGCGCGACGUCGCCGUCGACGACGAACAACAAACGCCGCGGCACGGCCUCGUGUACCGCGUCGGCUCGAAGCGCAAGGACGAGGACCGCGCCGUGGCCGGCGAGCACGUGACGUGCGGCGGCGAGCGCUUCGCGUAUUUCGCGAUCUUUGAUGGGCACGGCGGCAAGGACGCCGCCGACCGCUGCCAAGCUACUUUACACGAUCAAAUCAGUAGGAGAGCACCGGACACGACAAAAGCGACGGACGCCUUGAGCGAAGGGUUGCGGAGGGCCUGCUGGGAGCUCGACGAAGACUUGGGGAGUGCGCACGUCGACGCCGGCACGACCGCGACCAUUUUAUGCAUCGGUAGAAGCACAGCCACGCUAGGCUGGGUCGGAGACUCGACGGCUCUAGUGGUCGACAUGACCAGCCCCAAACCCGCCUGGGCGACGCCCAAACAUAAUCCCCAGAAUCCCAGUGAGGUCGCGCGCAUGAAGGCGGAGUGGGGCGCUCGUCGCGAGUUUUUAUUAUAUGAGUCGCCGGACGGCGAGGACCAGGCGUACAACGAGGCGAUGGACGCCUUUACGACGACCUAUGAAAAGCGCUUGGCUGAUCAUUUCCGAGCGCAGAACCUGCCUCCCCUACGACCGAACUUGAUCCGCGACUCGAUGCGCCGCGAAACGUUAAUUAAUGACCGCUGCGACCGCGUCAAUACUAUGAGAAGAAAACAAUCCUUCGAGGCGGUCACGAAGUUCGGGAAAGUGGUCAGUGGCCAGGACAUGGACGCUACUAUUGAUAUGAAAAGGCACGAUAGCAAUUUUACCCGUAGAACGUCGCCGGAGGACGGGCGGCCGCGCGGGCCCGUUGUUGUUGGGGCUAAUUGGCGCGGUAGGAGGCCUGGUACUACGGUAGGAGGCGCCUCGACUUGUGUGACUCGUUCCAUCGGGGACUGGGAUGCUUCGAGAGCAGUCAUCCCGGAGCCCGAGACCAAGACCUGGGACACCUCCAGCGUCUUCGACCGCGUCGUGUUGGCCUCCGACGGGCUGUGGGACCUCGUGUCGUUCGAUGCGGCUGCGACAUGUAUGCGAUCCGUUGAUGAUCCUCAAAAAGCUGCUCACUUACUCUUGAAACGGGCCAAAUCGGAGUCGGCGCGGCGGGGCUACUCAGGUUUGAAGGAUGAUACCACAAUACUGGUGGUCGACAUCAACCCGAACGCGCUGAAGGUGACCGAAACGGCGCAGGGCUGCGCGUGCGUCGUCUCCUAGGGUUUCUCUUGGGCGCCGCCUCUCUGCUGAUGGGCGGUGCAAGCUUGCACAUACUUAUACCGAUGUGUCUAAAGAUACUGUAUGCA